AAGCUACUUUUAUGCUACUUCACUUGUAAUGUAUUUUAGAUAUAAAGUAAUCAAUAAGCACAUUUAUUUGUCUUUUUGCCAAAAACCCUACUGGAGCAGACAGUGAACAAGCACACAAAUGAAGGCUUGCAGGUUUGUCAUGCACCACACAGCGGAUGCAAGGCGGUGUCAUGCACGAUUUCACAAAAAAAGAAAAAAGAAUCCUUCACCCCUUAUUUCACUUCCCCUGCGAUCUGAGCGGAGGAGGCCACAUCUGUUCUUCGAGUUUUCUUUAGAAAGCCGUUAAUAAUCCCUAGUAAAUAUUAUACACUUUCUAACAAUACUACUCAUAUCUGAAUUUAAAAUUACAGAUGAAUUUCUUUAUAGAACUUUAUAGAAAGUUAUAUAUAACUUCAUCUUUAUCGAACGCUAAGAAUGCUUGAUGCGACUUCGAUCUGGCAAACUCGAACGACUGAAAACUGAAAAGACGACCAUUUAGCUGGACGCAGGCUAAUGAAAAGCGUAGCUACGAGAGACCUACACUGUGCCACGAGAGCACUUCUCCACUGCUUGUGCUUUUUCUGAUAAAGACCACAUGAUCCUAUGAGUUUCAUCCUGUGACUGAAACAUCCGCACCGGACACCACGAUGGCCCGCUUUGAAAGUUGCACUGAGACAAAAGAAAAGUAAACUUCUUGAUCUGUGUAUGAACUACUAAUCGUGAAUUAAGAUACCGUUGAUAUUCAUUGUGUGGCACAAUUCUCACCCCACAAUGAAAACUUUUGCAUCACUUCUUCUCCCUUGAGGACUUCUAACCCGGACUCCUAUUAGAAAAAAGAAGCACAACUUCUCACAGCAGCAGCAUGAUGAAUGGGAUGACUGGGACAUCUGUGAAGUGCGUACUCGUCGGCGACUGUGCUGUGGGCAAAACGGCACUGCUGGUGCGCUUCACCUCUGAGACAUUCCCUGACAGCUACAGGCCCACCGUCUACGAAAACACUGGUGUGGAUGUCUUCAUGGAUGGCGUCCAGAUUAGCUUGGGUUUAUGGGACACGGCCGGGAACGACACGUUCCGCCAGAUCCGCCCUAUGUCCUACCAGCAAGCUGAUGUAGUCCUGCUGUGCUACUCAGUGGCAAACCCCUCCACGCUGGCCAGUAUCCAACAGAAGUGGAUAGCAGAGGUGCGAGAAUAUCUGCCUCGUGUGCCUGUCCUGGUUGUGGGCACUCAGACAGACCACAGGGAAAUGGGACCAUAUCGUGACCGCUGCACCACAGCAUCAGAAGGCAAGAAGGUGGCUCAUGAAAUUCGAGCUAAGGGGUACCUAGAAUGCUCUGCACUCAUUAAUCGUGGCAUUCAGCAAGUGUUCGAGUGUGCUGUACGCACGGCUGUCAACCAGGCGCGCAAGCGAACACGACGGAGACUCUUUGAUCUGAAUCCAUGCCACAUCUCUUGAGGACCAACUAAAAUCUGCUUCAACUAAGAGUUACUCAAACUCAGGCCGUCCAUUUUAUUGGUACACCAUCGUAUUGAUUCUGUAUGAUUUUACAGUAGUAGAUUAAUAAGGGAUCCAAGGUUCUCAGAGUGGGCUCCAGGGUCCUCCAGGGGGCCGUGAAGCACGGGCAGGGAGUCUAUGAUUUAAAAAAAUAUGUUACAGUGGUGCAAAUCACAUCAUUAUCAAAUUUAUUGCAUUUAUU